AUGGAUACGAAAUCAAUCAAGGAGGCCCACACGGCCAACAUUUACGAGCCCGGCAUGGGUGUCGGCUCAGCCGAGAACUAUAUUGACCCAGUCAAAGAAAGAAGGAUGAUGAGGAAAUUUGACUUUCUUGCCAUUGGAUUGAUGGGCCUGUUUUACAUGAUGGCCAAUUUGGACCGGAGCAAUAUCGGUAACGCGAAUACAGCUGGGUUGCCAGAGGAUUUGGGCCUAGUGGGGAAUCAAUUUGGAACCGCUACAACUUUACUGUACGAUCCUUUGGCCCUUCGAUCCCGCUUUUUUGAACCAUGCCUGAUUAUCUCCUUUACCAACAGGUACGCAACUUAUGUCCCCUUUGAGGGACCGAUCGCGGUGCUUCUGAAGAUCAUCGGGCCUAAGCCAUUGUUAUCGACAUGCGCCUUCUGCUGGGGAGUUACAACUCUUGGAAUGGCCUUCAUUCAGAACUGGCAAGGGCUUUAUGCCUGUCGGCUACUGACCGGCUUUUUCGAAGCUGGAUUAAUUCCCUGCAUCAACGUAUACAUUGCGCUAGUAUACAAGAAGAGUGAACGAGGAAAACGCUCUGCUGUAAUCUUUGCAUUUAGUGCCUUUUCGAGUGCUUUUGGUGGACUUCUCGCUUACGGGCUCACUCAGGUCCACGGACCUAACGGAUGGGAAGGCUGGCGCUGGCUAUUUGCCGUUGAAGGUGCCAUGACCUUGAUUCUUGUGCCACUUUUCUUUUUCGUGUUCCCCAAACAUCCCACAACAGCCUGGUUUCUCAGUGCUGAAGAAAAGAGCAUGAUGCAAGCCCGAUACGACAAUGAUCCCCAUUGGGGACAGGAUGAAGAAUUCAGUUGGGCCGAGUCUCUAAGUGCUCUCACUGAUCCUAAAUGGUUUGCAUUUUGGAUCUAUCAGUUCAGCGUGGACAUCUCUCUCUACGGGUUCACGACCUUCUUGCCCAAAAUUAUCUCUGGGUUGGGAUACUCCGGCGUACAAGCAAACCUGAUGACAGUCCCAAUAUAUAUGGUCGGCCUGGUGUGGUUUCUCAUCAUUGCAUAUUUUUCGGACAGGACCAGUGUCAGAGGUCCGUUCCUCGCCGGGCCCCUGCUAUGUCUGAUCAUCGGUUACUCGAUUCUCAUUUCGGUGGAGCACCUGAAGGUCCGAUUCUUCGCGUGUUUUGUUGUCGCUCUCGGCAUUUAUCCCACAACCGGUUUGUCCCUCAUGUGGCUUCAAGAUAACACGGCUCGCCACUUCAAACGGGCUACGAUGGUCGGCAUGACACUCUGCUUCGGAAACACUGCGGGUGUGGCCGUAGGGCAGAUAUUCACCACGGAGUCAGCCCCCCGGUAUAUAAAAGGGCUAUCAAUCAGCCUGGGGCUUGCGGUGGUGGCCUUGGUGAUGGUUGCUUCGUUGAUGACUGGGAUGACAGUAGUGAACAGAAGGAGAGCAGAGAAAAUCCGUCGGGCUGAAGAAGCCGGUGAGGUACUGGAACGAAGACCGGAGAAAGGCGACUAUGAUGUGUUUUUCCGAUACUCUCUGUAG